UCGCAGAGUCAGGGCGAAACCUGGAAUGGGAACAGAGUCGGGCCCGACCAUGAGCCGUGUGAACGGACAGUUCAGCGAGUGCACAGCCGUUGAAUCUGGCAUGUGGAGCAGUCGAAACGAUAGAUUCUUUGCGCAUACUGUGACCAUGUCUAUUAAUCCAAGCUAUCUACAGCAGUGCUGUAUCAAUGGUAACGAGCAUCAAGAUCAAGACAGGUUGACGGACAGUGGUCAUCAUUGCACCGUAGUCGGUGUAAAGCUGAAAGAUAAAGGGCCAUUGGCCGGUCCAAUUGCAGAUACAUUACUUUGUCACCUUGUGGGCAUCUGCGCCACAGCCUCACUUGACUAUAUUCGGCAGCGAUUGUCA